AUGGGCAAUCGGCUUUCGAAUAGGGUGGUGGAGAAUGGUGAGGAGCAAGAAGCAGAACUGAAGAGGUUUCUCAAGGUUGCCAAAAGAAAAAUUCAAAGUGGGGAAGAUGAACGGAUAGAGGAUAUGUUGGAUCCAAGAUUGGAAGGGGUGUUCAGCAGGAACCAAGAUUUGUAUCUCCUGUGUGGAGGAAGAUAG